ACUCUCAGGCUAUAAUUUUCUUUUUCACUCCUCGUCAAAGUCCAAGUCAAAUAAACUCAACUUCAUGUUCUAUUUUCACACCUCGUCAAAGUCCAAGUCAAAUAAACUCAACUUCAUGCUCUAUUUUCCUCUUCUUUUAUUUUCUUUUUCUCCGUUCGUUCAAGCCAUGCAUAGAGCCAUAGUUCACACUAUAACCAACAACAUUUUUAUGGCCUAAACCUCAGGCAAACGAACAACCAAACUAUGUUGUCCCUCUCCUCCACUACCACCAUCAUCACAGCCACCAUCCUCGUCUUCUAUCUCCACCAUACGACGUCAUUACCACCCCAUGCACAACUCUCUACCUGCCACGUGACCUCCUUCAACUGCGGCACCAUCACCAACCUUUCCUACCCUUUCACCGGCGGUGACCGCCCCUCCUUCUGUGGGCCACCACAGUUCCAUUUGAACUGCCAAAACGGUAUCGUUCCCGAGUUGAUCAUCUCAUCAGUGAGUUACCGAGUCAUUCAUGUAAACUCGGAGGCUCACACUCUCAACUUAGCAAGACUAGACCUUUGGAACGAGACAUGCACCAAUGUGUACGUUAACUCAACUUUUGAUGGCCCCACAUUCAGCUACGGUUCGGGGAACCAGAACCUCACUUUGUUUUACGAGUGCGAAGCCUCUUCACGGAUCACCGAAACGCCAGAAAAUUUGUUUCACUGUUGGAGUAACGGGGAUAAGAAUAACUCUUAUUCUUUGGUUGGUCCGUUUCCUUUGGACCCUAUUCUUGAGGUUGUUGAAUGCGAUGAACAUGUUAAAGUGCCAAUUCUUAUAGAGCUGGCAGAUAGGCUCGUGAAAAACCGGUCUUUGCUUGGGGAGGUUUUGAUGAAGGGGUUUAAUGUGAACUAUAUGAAUCCUUAUGAGACUGAGUGUUUUGAGUGCCUUGCUUCUGGUGGCGUGUGUGGGUUUGACUCUGAUAACGAUGAACCCAUUUGUAUUUGUGGGGAUCAGUUGUGUGCAACUCCAGGUAGCAGCAAAGUAGCUGUUGCAAUAGGCGCUAGUGUAGGAGCAGUUGGAGCCCUUGUUGUCAUUCUUGGAUGUGUGUACUUUGUGUUGCAAAGAAGGAGAAAAAUUGCUUAUAAUAAACAAAGAAGCAGCAUGGACCUCUUCAUGCCUCCUUCAAGCGGAGACACUUUUGCAUCUACAACUAACACGUCUCAAAGUCUAUCUUCUUACCAAUCCUCCAACACUGACCCAAUGCCGCCGAGGAGUAACUACUUUGGAGUCCAGGUCUUUACCUAUGAGGAACUAGAGGAAGCUACCAAAAACUUUGACUCUUCUAAAGAACUUGGUGAGGGAGGUUUUGGCACUGUCUACAAAGGUGAACUCAAAGAUGGACGUGUAGUUGCAGUGAAACGCCACUAUGAAAGCAACUCUAGACGUAUUGAGCAGUUCAUGAAUGAAGUCCAGAUUCUAGCCCGGUUAAGGCACAAGAGCCUGGUGACACUCUUUGGAUGCACCCAUAGACAUAGCAGAGAGCUUCUCCUUGUUUAUGAAUUCAUACCCAACGGAACAGUGGCUGAUCAUCUUCAAGGAAGAAGCACAAAAUCAACUAAUUUACUCCCUUGGCCUAUAAGAUUGAACAUUGCAGUUGAAACAGCUGAGGCUCUAGCCUAUCUACAUGCAAAGGGUGUCAUACACCGCGAUGUUAAAACCAACAACAUUCUCCUGGAUGAUAACUUCCGCGUCAAGGUUGCUGAUUUUGGUCUCUCAAGGGAUUUCCCAAACCAUGUCACUCAUGUGUCAACAGCUCCACAGGGAACACCUGGUUAUGUUGACCCUGAGUAUUAUCAGAGCUACCAGCUCACUGAUAAGAGUGAUGUUUAUAGCUUUGGAGUGGUCUUAGUUGAGCUGAUAUCAUCAUUGCAAGCUGUGGACAUCAAUAGGAAUCGCAGUGAUGUGAACUUGGCAAACAUGGCUAUCAAUAAAAUUCAGAACCAGGAACUGCUUGAGUUUGUUGAUCCUUAUCUUGGGUUUGAGAGGGAUUAUGCUAUUAGGAGGAUGACAACAGGAGUGGCAGAAUUGGCCUUUAGGUGUUUGCAGCAGGAAAGAGAGAUCAGACCCUCCAUGAAUGAGGUGGUGGAGAUCUUGAGAGGAAUCAAUAGUAGUGAUGGGCUUGGCGCACGGGAAGAGACAAAAGUAUUGGAAGUUAGGACAGAUGAAGCUAUACUUCUGAAGGUUUCCCCGGUUUCACCAGAUUCCGUUGUUGAUAAAUGGGUUAGCGGUUCCUCUGUAUCUAAUUCCUCAUAGCUUCUAAGAUUUCCUUUUCUUUUGGUGAAGAACAAGAUUAGAUAGUGAAACUACUGUACUAGUGUUAAUGAGCUAGUUUAGAAGUCAUAGCCUUCACAUCUAUUUCCACUAAAACCUUAUGUUUAAACUUUUAUUUGCGGCUUGUAUGUUAUGAUGUGAAAUAUAGUACUAUUUAUCAGAAGGUGAAUUCACUGUUGAUUCAAAAAUGCAAUACCCACAGGGGAGAGAAAAAUAAUA